AUGGUUCUUUCCAAUAGUUCUUACCUUUUACCACAUACUUUCUUCUUGGCUGGCAUCCCAGGACUGACCGCUGCCCACAUUUGGAUCUCACUUCCAUUUUGCUUCAUGUUUUUCCUGGCACUGACUGGGAAUGGUGUCCUGCUUUUUCUCAUCUGGACAGAGCGCAGCCUUCACCAGCCUAUGUUUUUCUUUCUCGCCAUGCUCUCAUUUGUUGACCUGGUCCUCUCCCUCUCCACGCUGCCCAAGAUGCUGGCCAUUUUCUGGUUUGGUGCCACAGCCAUCGGCUCCCACUCCUGUCUCUUCCAGAUGUUCUUCAUCCAUGCGUUCUCUGCCAUGGAGUCAGGGGUGCUGGUGGCCAUGGCCCUGGACCGCUUUGUGGCCAUCUGUAAUCCACUGCGUUAUGCAACCAUCCUUACCCCAGCUGUUGUCGCCAAGGUUGGAGGCCUGGUGGUGCUGCGAGGUGUGGGACUGACCAUCUCUUUUCCAAGCCUGGCUCAUCGGCUGCCCUACUGUGGCUCACACACAAUUGCCUUUACCUACUGUGAACAUAUGGCAGUAGUGAAGCUGGCCUGUGGGGCCACCACUGUGGACAACCUCUAUGCCUUUGCCGUGGCAAUCUUUCUUGGUGUGGGGGAUGUGGCCUUUAUUGCUUACUCCUAUGGGCAGGUUGUGAGGACUGUGAUGCAUUUUCCUUCACCUGAGGCACGUGCUAAAGCAGGCAGCACAUGCACAGCACAUGUCUGUGUCAUCCUUUUCUUCUAUGGACCAGGUUUUCUUUCUGUGGUCAUGCAGCGAUUUGGGCCACCCACAGCUUCUGCUGCCAAAGUUAUCCUUGCCAAUCUCUACUUGCUCUUUCCCCCUGCACUGGACCCCAUUGUCUAUGGGGUCAAGAUGAAGCAGAUUCGGGAGCGGCUGUUUACAAUUCUGAGUCUCAAGCAGAUGGAGCCCACCUCAUUAUGGUUCUUAUUCAUUAGACCUCAGGGACCAGGGAGGACCCACCCCCCCCACUGGUGGGGACGGUGA